CUUCGAAGGAUUCUCGUUCGUACUCGCGGAGUUUUUUUCUGAAAUGUGAGAAGCUCGAAAAAUUUCCGAAUGUAUCCACCUCGUCACGUUUCUCUCCUUGAAAUCGGCAACGAUAUCAAUUUAUCGUUCUGAUUUUUCAAGCGACGAUGCCCCGUUACCGAUGACUUGAAGGUGGCUACGAAAUGCAACCGUCAAAAAACACGCCACGUAUGAUGGAUAUUUUCAAAAAUAUGUUCACAUAAAUUCACGAUAAAUUUCUAUUCGUCAUGUCUUCGUCAAACGGAACGGAAAUUCGAGGAGAGGGCAUGACUCUCAAUCAUCACUCCCCUGCUUACGCCUACUGCCCGACGUGUUCCAAGAACGUGGUAACCGAGGUCCGAAUAUCCUAUUCAAAAAUCGCUCACCUCACAUGCAUCGUAUGCGUAUUGUCUGGUUGUCUUUUCGGUUGCUGUCUUCUUCCUUAUUUCUCGAUGUGUUUCGUAACCGCGAAACAUUAUUGUCCCGAUUGUGGUGGUUACUUAGGAUCUUACAAUCCGUUGCUGGAAGUUCUUUCCUAGUCGGAUAUACGAGUUGUUACCCGGGAAGAUUCAUCGUAACUUAAAAUCGCAUCCGACGAAUAAAAUAUCGAUUUUACAUUGCCUCCCGCCAGUC